GCCUCACUUCACCUCGCAUACGCGCUCGCACGCGCUCCGUCUCGUGACCGCGCUCCGCAGCCCCUAGGUGGGGAGCAGGAGAAGUGAGGAGGCGUCGUCCGAUUCAUCCUUCGCGCACCGAAGGCUUGCGCACAGAUCUCGCAUCAGCAUCAGCAGCAGGCUCAGCAGCAUCAGCAUCAGGCUCAGCAGCAUCAGCACCAUCUUCACCGCGGAGCGCUGGAAGUGGGACUGGGAGGGGAGGCGCGGGCGUCCGAAUGGAACCGAGCUGCGUGCGCUCAGCGAUGGCCAUGGGUCUGUCCUCCAAAAAGACAUCUUCUCGGAGCAUCGCCGUGGAGCGCAAAAACCUCAUCACCGUGUGCAGGUUCUCUGUGAAGACCCUGCUGGAGAAGUACACCACGGAGCCUAUUGAUGACUCCUCAGAGGAGUUUGUCAAUUUUGCCGCCAUCCUAGAACACAUCCUUAGUCAUCGCUUCAAAGGCAACGCAGCAGGUCCGGGCAGCUGGUUCAGCCACGAUGGCCAGCGCAGCUUCUGGGACUACAUCCGCCUUGCCUGCAGAAAGGUCCCGAACAACUGCAUCGCCAGCAUCGAGAAUAUAGAGAACAUCAACACCUCCCGAGCCAAGGGCCGGGCCUGGGUUCGAGUGGCUCUGAUGGAGAAACGACUGUCAGAAUACAUAGCCACGGCCUUGAGGGACACGCGGACGACCAGGCGUUUCUAUGAUGAUGGAGCCAUCAUGCUGAGGGAAGAGGCCACGGUUCUCACUGGAAUGCUGAUUGGUCUCAGUGCCAUAGACUUCAGCUUCUGUCUGAAAGGGGAGGUUCUAGAUGGAAAGAUUGGGGCGGUGAUUGACUAUACACCUUACCUGAAGUUCACACAAAGCUAUGACUACCUGAGCGAUGAGGAGGAUCGGCGCAGCUUAGACAGCAGCACCAGUGACGACAGCAUCCCAGAGCACCCGUACAUCCCUCUGGUCACCGACGAGGAGAGUUGGAGCAACAAGUGCCGCAAGCUGGAGCAGAAGUUCAAAAUCGUCUAUGCCCAGAAGGGCUACUUGGAGGAGUUGGUGCGUCUGCGGGAAUCCCAGCUAAAGAACCUGGAGACGGAGAACAAGCGGCUCAGCCUGAGGCUGGAGGAGGUGCUGCAGCAGAGCCAGCAGGAGAAGAAGGAGCUCGAGGGCAUCGUUCUGGAGCUCCAGGCACAGCUGACGGCGCUGAUCCCUUGCGACUCCAGCCGCCUGGCCAAGGAGCUGCCCAUCCCCCUGGUGAACCAGUGGCCCUCCCGCCAGCCCUGCAACAACCGGGAGGACAGCAAGCUUUUUCGAAGGAGGAGUUUCCACAGCCUGGAUCAACUUUCCGCUGAGAUCAGCCUGAACUCGGACUCGCAGAAGACUGACGGUCAGCAGAAUGGGGACACCUGGUGCUCUGCAGGUAAGGAGUACACGCCGUCCAUGCUGGGUCUCUGUGGCUCUUUGGCUUCCCUCCCCAGCUGCAAAUCCCUGGCCAGCCUCAAGUCCAGCGAGUGUCUGGUGAACAUCAGCACGGAGGCCAGCCCCGCUCCUUCUCCCAGCUAGGCGGGCCUCACCUUCCCCUUAGCUGUACGCGCACCUCGUUCCGCGGGGCGCGGGAUGUGGGGACCGGUCCGUUGUGGAAUCUGGCCCCGGUGGGACAGAAACGCAGUUCACGCAAGAACCCUCAGAUUGUGGCAAUCUCUUUGUUGAAAAUUUAAAGUCAAGAGGUGUGUUGACUUUAAACUUUGUUGGAAGACUUUGUACUCAUACGCCAGAGUUCAGGUGCGGCUCGUAGUAUGAAUGUGGUCUCGUGAGCCGUCCUACAGGAGAGCUCGUAUUUCAUAUUUCAGCCUCUAUCCUACCUGCUAUCUUAAUGCAUUUCCUGUUCGGAUAUGUUCAUAUAUAAAUCUGCAUCUGACGUAUGUGUCCAUCUUACGUAAAAAAAAAAAAAAAAAAAA